UGUAAGCUGGAGCGGUGGAAUGGCUCAAAGAUCGAGUGAGUCAGUUUUGUUUCGAUUCGCGCCUCGAGCAGACCAAGAUACCAUGGUGCCCGCGCUUUUCCUCGCACUUGCUCUCUUUGCACCCCUGGCUGCAGCACAACAAACCGGCCCUUUGAGCGUCGAGUGCUUGGGCUGCAUCUGUGAGGCCGUCUCCAACUGUAACCGCACCUUGACCUGCAGCGGCGACGUUUGCGGUCUCUUCAGGAUCACCUGGGCUUACUGGUCGGACGCUGGCAAACCAGUCCUUCAGGGUGACAACCCUGGCGCCGAUGGAGCUUACGCGAGGUGCACGGUUGACCCUUACUGCGCAGCCCUGACAGUGCAGCAGUACAUGACAAAAUAUUCCCAGGACUGCAACCAGGACGGCCAAGUCGACUGCACUGACUUCGCGCGCAUCCACCGUCUCGGAGGCUAUGGCUGCGGAGCUCCUCUUGACCCCGUGUAUGAACAAAAGUACGUCACUUGCAUCAACCACGUACAGACCCUUGGAUGAGAAAGGGUGGCUGGGAUGAUGCAGAAAAUUCAAAAAAUGAUCACGCAAACAGUGGAAGAUUUUUUCUCAAUUUUUCUUUUGUCUAUUUAAAUAAAUAAAAGUUAUUUACUAAAUCA